UGUAGCGUUUGAACUAAAACAAUUUUUUAAACAUUUGUAAGAUCUGUAAUAAAAAAUAAAUAAGCGAUCAACAAUGAUGUCGGAAUGCGAACCAAACGAGACCGAUCCGGUGGUGGCGGAUGACAUAGCCCCGGUAACCGCCUCCGCUGCUGCUUCUACCACGGAUCUCAACUUUCGGUCACAGGAGCCGCUGUCGACGUUGUUCGAUAGAAACACAGUCGGGUCUGGGACAAACCCCGGGGUCGCGAUUCGGAUCUCGGGUUCGUGUGAAAGUGUUCUUACCGAAUUGGAGACGGACGGUUCUGGGGAAGAGACUCUGUUGUUACCGUGUUUAUCCGGAGGCGCGUCGUCACCUCGGGGCGAGAGGCGGAAGAGGACGAGGCGGAACCGACGGAGUUCAUCGUCGGAUAAAGAUAACCUUACCUCGCCAGGUAACAGUAGUGGAGACUUUAACCAUUUCCCCGGUGACCCAGAGUUUGGUGACAUCAUUCAGAGGGGCGGAGCAGGCCAUCGAGGGCGGAGUCUUCCCAGAGAAUCUCUCAGGGUUCUAGCGGGAGUUACUUCGUUAAAGACUCCAAGGGUUUUUCCCAUCCAGAAAAUCCUUGGUGUUUUCAAACCAAAGUCUGAAGAGCCUUACGGUCACCUCAACCCUAAAUGGACCAAAUACUUUCACAAGCUGUGCUGUCCGUGUUGUUUUGGCCGUGGCUGCCUGAUCCCCAACCAGGGCUAUCUCUCAGAGGUUGCUGCCUCCCUCGUUGAUACCAGGCUAGGACUGGGGGUGGUCCCCAAAACCAAGGCUGUGUAUCUAGUCAGUGAGACAUUUCACUACACCACUAUCGACAGGGCCAAGUCCAGAGGGAAGAAAUACGCCCUGGAGAUGGUUCCCAAAGUAGGACGACACUUCCACAGAGUGGGCCUGCCCCCCAAGCUCGGUUCGUUCCAGCUGUUCGUGGAAGGGUACCAUGAGGCUGACUAUUGGCUGAGACGUUUUGAGGCGGAGCCUCUCCCAGAGAACAUCAGGAAACAGCUCCAGUCUCAGUUUGAGAGGCUCGUCAUUCUGGACUACGUCAUCAGAAACACAGACCGAGGGAAUGACAACUGGUUGAUCAAGUAUGAGAAGCCAGGGGAAGGAGAGGGAGAGAAGGCCAUCCAGAUAGCAGCUAUAGACAACGGCCUGGCCUUCCCCUUCAAACACCCUGACGAGUGGAGGGCCUACCCGUUCCAUUGGGCCUGUCUGCCCCAGGCUAAAGUGCCCUUCUCCCAGGAGACCAGAGAGCUGGUGCUGUCCCAUCUGUCAGACAUGAACUUCGUUCAGGACCUCUGUGAAGACCUCUACGAACUGUUUAUGGUGGAUAUCCACUGCUAUUUCUGUCUCUUUCUGUCCUGUCCUUUCUCUAUACAUAUAUAUAU